AUGAUAGUGCAGUCAUUCGUGCCUAAAGCGGUAGCGCUGAAAAGAAAACCAGACAUUACUCGACCGAUUAUAUUAGUCAUUUUGUGUUACGCUAUUCUUAUGAUAGUGCAGUCAUUCGUGCCUAAAGCGGUAGCGCUGAAAAGAAAACCAGACGUGGGUGGUUUUAUGGUAGAAGACCAAAGCACACAUAAAAGUCACAACUACAUGAUGAAAAGAGCAAGAAAUGACGUUUUGGGAGAUAAAGAAAACGUCAGGCCGAAUCCUUACUACACGGAGCCUUUUGACCCAGACACGAGCCCAGAAGAAUUGUCCGCUUUAAUAGUUGAUUACGCCAAUAUGAUUAGGAAUGAUGUUAUUCUGUUGGAUAAUUCCGUUGAAACGAGAACACGAAAAAGGGGAAACAUUCAAGUUGAAAACCAAGCUAUCCCGGACCCACCUUGCACUUGCAAAUACAAGAAAGAAAUAGAAGACUUGGGCGAAAACUCUGUUCCACGCUUCAUUGAAACCAGAAACUGUAAUAAAACACAACAGCCGACCUGUCGACCCCCCUACAUUUGCAAAGAAAGUUUAUACAGUAUAACUAUUUUAAAAAGAAGGGAAACUAAAUCGCAGGAGUCUCUCGAGAUACCGAAUGAAUUGAAAUAUCGAUGGGUGGCGGAAUCUCACCCCGUCAGCGUGGCGUGUUUGUGUACAAGAGACUACCAACUACGAUAUAAUAAUAAUUAA